AUGGUAACCACAUGUGACAGAAAGGCCAUGAUCAAUACUGAGGACAUGUCAGAACAGAUGCAGCAGGACUCCGUGGAGUGCACCACUCAGGUGUUGGAGAAAUACAUUAAAAAGGACACUAAAAAGGACACUGUGGCUCAUAAAGAAGGAGUUGACAAGAAGUACAAUCCCACUUGGCAUUGCAUCAUGGCGAGGAACUUUGGAAAUUAUAUGACACAUGAAACCAAACACUUCAGCUUGGUCCAAACGGCCAUCCUUCUGUUCAAAUCUGGUUAA